AUGGCUGGAAUAUUUCCCGACGCCAAAUCGGUCGAUGAGUUGUGGAAUCUCAUGUCGACGGGGCGGUCAACAGUUGCUCCUGCACCCGAACGAGUUGGACUAGACCAGCUUGCCGAAGAUGUCUUCAAGGUCAAAUGGUGGGGCAACUUCAUUGACCAACACGAUACAUUCGAUCACAAGUUCUUCAAUAAGUCGACCCGAGAGGCGACGGCUUGUGAUCCGCAGCAGAGGAAGCUACUUGAGGUGGUGUACGAGGCUCUGUCAUCUUCAGGGCAACUCAGUCCAGAGACACAUUCGAAUCCACAAGACUACGGAUGUUACAUCGGAGCCGUGAUGAACAACUAUGCCGAGAACCUAAGCUGCCACCCUCCUACGGCAUAUGCAACGACGGGCACUGGUAGAUCCUAUCUGAGUGGUGCCAUCAGUCAUCACUUCGGCUGGAGCGGACCAGCCAUGACUAUUGAUACGGCUUGUUCGUCUUCGCUUGUGGCUAUACAUACCGCUUGCCGUGCCAUUGCGUCCGGAGAAUGCAGCCGUGCGGUCGCAGGAGGCGCGAAUAUCAUCACCUGCCCGCAUGACUACCGAGAUCUAAAGGCAGCAGGCUUUCUGAGUCCCAACGGUCAAUGCAAGCCGUUUGAUGCACAGGCCGACGGAUACUGUCGUGGCGAAGGCGUCGGUGUUGUCGUCUUGAAAUCUCUAUCCGCCGCUCUCGAAGAAGACGACAUUAUUCUUGGAGUUGUCAUCGGCUCUGCCACCAACCAGAACCAUGAAGGAGGGCCCAUAGUGGUGCCGAGUGCAAAGUCUCAGGCGAGUCUUCUAAGAAAAGUCAUGGACUUGGCGAAUGUUACACGUGAGGAUGUGUCGUACGUCGAAGCCCAUGGCACCGGCACAAGCGUUGGUGAUCCGAUCGAGGUUUCCAGUCUGCGAGAAGCUUUCGGUGGGGCCUCCAGAACGUCGAAGCUGUACUUCUCUUCCAUCAAGGGAAAUAUUGGCCACGCUGAAGCAGCUUCUGGUGCGGCCGGCUUGAUCAAAACGCUUCUCAUGUUGAAAAAUAGCCGCAUACCCCCGCAGGCUAGCUUUCAAUCAUUGAACCCCAACAUACCGACACUGGCUCCUGAUAAGAUGGAGAUUCCCCGACAACUAACUCCAUGGGACGCAAGAGAACGAAUCGCUUGUGUCAACAACUACGGCGCCGCUGGAAGCAAUUCGGUUGUGAUGAUCCGCGAUGCCCCUACAAAUGAGUCGGACUUGGGGGUACUAGAUGAGCAGCCAGUUGCACCAUCAAAAUGGCCGCUUAUCCUAUCCGCUUCGGAUGAAGAAUCGCUGUCGCAAUACGCCCAGGAAGUGCUUGAUUUGGUGCGACGCGUGGGUCCAGCGAAGCCAUCCGGUUUCGAUCUUCCAGACAUUCUCUUUCACUUGGCCCAACGUGCCAAUCAUGCUCUUAAAAUUGUCGUUUCGACAACGGUGUCUGAUAUGAGAGAGCUCGAGAUGAUUCUCUCCCAGGUGGCUUCAAGGUGUAGCUUAAUAACAAAAGUUUUGUCGCCGCCACCGAUCAUCCUCGUCUUUGGUGGCCAAGACGGUCGCUAUGUCGGUCUCUCAGAAGAUAUGUACAAAUCAUCGCAAAUAUUACGACACCAUCUGAACAGUUGCCAGCACGUCUGUUUGAAACUCGGAUUCGAGGGCAUUUUCCCAGCGAUCUUCCAGCGAACCCCAAUUUCAGACCUCGUAACGCUGCACACUGCUUUGUUCGCAAUUCAGUACUCCUCCGCCAGAGCAUGGAUGGACUGUGGGCUCAAGAUAGAGGCAGUUGUGGGUCACAGUUUCGGCCAACUAACAGCACUUUGCAUCUCUGGGGCUUUGUCACUGAGCGACGCUUUGAAGUUAGUGGCAGGCAGGGCAUCCCUUGUGGAAAAGUCUUGGGGUCCUGAGCCAGGCUCAAUGCUUGCAUUGAACGCUGAUCGAGAAUACGUCACUCUUCUACUUAGACAAGUCGAGGGUCUUGAGGUGGCUUGUUUCAACGGACCCAGAAGCCACGUUGUCGUUGGUUCUGCUAAGGCUAUCCGGGAUGCAGAGACUUUGAUCACUCGUGAUGAGACGAUGCGAGGCUCGGUUCGUUGCCAGACUUUGGAUGUCACCCACGGAUUUCAUUCGGCCCUCGCAGAACCCUUGCUUCAACAGCUUUUGGAGCUCGCGGAGAGUCUCUGCUGGAAGACUCCAACGAUUCACCUUGAAGUUUGCAGCGACAAGCAUGGUGAUAGUAUGCCUGAUUCGCAUCUUGUCGUGGAACAUAUGAGAGGCCCGGUAUGUUUCCAUCAUGCGAUUGAACGGCUUUUACAGAAAUAUCCCCGAGCUACUUGGAUUGAGGCUGGACGAGGGACCUCCGCCACCCAGCUCGUUCGGUCAUGCAUUCAAUCUCAAAACGGUCACUCUUUCGUGGGCCCACAGUUGACUGCCUCGUCUGCUCAAGAUUCUCUCGUUGAUGCCGCGAUCAAGUUGUGGAAGGAAGGGCACAAUGUGCAAUACUGGCCGUUCCACCGACGUCAGAGACGCCAAUACCAAUCUCUCAGCUUGCCGCCCUACCAGUUUCAGAAGACUCGACAUUGGUUACCUUAUAUCGGUCUAAAACACGGCGCAGAAAGUCCGGCUCGUCCCUUGACAGAAGGUCCGGACCCUGAGGAAUUCCUGUCUUUGAUCAAAGGCGACAGUUCGACGGAGAGCUACUUCAAGAUUUCAGCCAAAAGUGAGCGCUUUCAAUCCUUGGUGAAGGGACACAUCAUGUGCGAAUAUGCGAGCAUGCCGGCUUCGGCGUACAUAGAGGCUGUUUCCAGAGCUGCUCUGAAGCUUCAAGACUUGGAUCUCGCCGCAUGGAGGCCUGCCGUUGAAGAUCUCACUAUGAAGGCACCGGUUGUUUUAAAUCUGGACAAAGAGCCUCCUAAAAUUCUUCUUAGUAUGCGACGCAUCGAAAAUACUUGGCCGUCAUGGUUCUUUUCUAUCACGGUGGAGCACAUACAGAAAGCUGGCGAAGACAUGAUUGAUGUUCAGGAGACAACGACUGGCAUGGUACACCUAAGAGAGCGAAACGACCCUAGAGUUACACAAGAGUUCCGCCGAUUUGGAUCGCUAAUCGGAGACUGUCGCUGGCAAAAUAUUAUGGAGCACCCUGAUGCGGAGGCCAUGCAAGGGAAGCAUAUCUACAGAGCAUUUGAGGGAGUCGUUCAGUACUCAGAUGCAUUCAAGGGGAUCAAGGCCAUCGCCAGCUUGGGGACCGAAGCCGCAGGUGUGGUGAGAAUCUCGCACGACAGCCAUGGAACGCUCGAUCAGCGGCUUGUCGACACGCCAAUGAUUGACAGCUUCUUGCAGUUCGGUGGCUUCUUAGUCAACUACUUCAAUAUAACAACAACGCCCGACAGCCUGUUGGUCUGCCAUCGAAUCCAGCGUUUGCAGCUCGGUCCCGCUUUCUCCCCGGAUGUCAAAGAUUGGCUUGUUCUUGCGAAUAUGACUUCUGAAAACGACGAGAACGUGUCCGUCGAUGUUUAUGUUUCCGAGGCACAGACCAAGAAGAUGGUCCUCAUCGCAUUUGCUAUGGGCUUUACGAAGAUAUCUCGAACAUCCCUCACGAGGAUUUUACGUGGCUCCUCUAAGGACCCAGCCUCGUCGUCCGUCAUUUGCACAGAGGAGACAACUCUCCCAUCUGAGACUAAUACGUCCGAAGAGGUCAGCAUCAGAAACAAGGGCGGGUCUACUAGCAAACGAUCGGAGGUACUCAAGAUCGCGGCUAGUAUCGCAGACAUUCCUAUCGACGACCUUUCUGGCAAAGAGGCUCUCCCUGAUGUUGGCAUCGACUCCUUGGGGGCUACUGAGAUGAUCGGUGAUAUCGCCUCGGCACUGAAUGUGACAAUCGAUUUGUCUACGUUUUUACUAUUUACCGAUAUUAACGCCAUCGUUUCUCAUGUUGAUAGAGAGCUAGGCUUAAGUUCUGCGAACGAGGAAAGCCCAGCAUCUCAAGUCCCCCCAGAGCCACCGACAAGAAAUAGAGGGUUGCAAAGUCUGUCAAACUUACCAACCCAACGGCCUGCGCAACGAUCUCCGAGGGAGUUCAAAGACACACCAGGGUCAUGCGGUGGGUUCAAUGAGAAGACAGAAGAACUGCCAACCAUCAAUUCCAUUCACAAAUCUUUGGAUGAGGUGCGGCUCAGCUUUGACCGGCUCGGGGCAUCGACGAGCGCUCUCGACUAUUGGUCUGAGAUUCAUCCUGGCGAUGUUCGUCUAGUCCUGGCCUACGUAUCUCAGGCUUUCCAGACCUUAGGUUGCGAUCUACUGGCACUGAAUCCUGGAGAUACCGUGCCGAUUGUGACAGGCAUUUUGCCUCGUCACCAGCAGCUCGUACAUCGGCUUUACCGCUUUUUGGAAGACGAAAACAUCGUAGAGUCUUCCGGGGACUGUUUCAUCAGGACUAGCAAGACCAUGGACACCACAUCAGGAGAACAGGUUUUCCAGCAUAUCAUAGACAAACACCCCCUAAACGCUCCAAUUCGUCACCUUCUAAGAGCUGUAGGGCCUCAUCUCGCUGCGUGCCUCGUUGGAGAUCAUGACGUCCUCCAAGUGCUCUUCGGCAACCGAGCAAACAAGAGGUGGCUCGACGAUCUUUAUCGAAAGUGGCCCAUGUUAGUAACAGCCACUCAUCUGCUGGGCGAUUUCUUGUGUCGAUCUUUCAGUCAUAGUAGCGGUUCUGGCCCAUUCCGCAUCUUAGAAGUUGGAGCUGGCACAGGAGGCACAACGCGCCAUGUCGUUGACUUACUGGUCCAAGUCGGAAUCCCUUUCGAGUACCAUUUCACCGACCUAUCUGCAUCGCUUGUCCAGAAGGCCAAGACUUCUUUCGCAGGAAUCAGCGGCAUGACCUUUGGGGUUUUGGACAUCGAGAGCGAGCCGACUGCUGAGCUCACUGAGGCGUUCCACGUCAUCAUAUCGACGAAUUGCAUCCACGCAACUAGGAACAUAACCUCAAGCCUGGCCAAUCUGCGCAAGAUGCUCCGUGAAGACGGUGCCCUUGCCCUGAUUGAGAUGACGCCAACUCGGCAGCUGUACGUCUUUGAUAUAAUCGUCGGUCUGCUGGAGGGCUGGUGGCUCUUUAACGAUGGUCGUUCCCAUGCCUUGGCUGAUGCGGAACAUUGGCAACAUGCUUUUUUAAGCGCAGGCUUUGCAGAUGUACAAUGGUCUGAUGGAGAGUCGCUCGAGGCCAAGACUGUCAGAGUGAUAUGUGGGUUUCAGAAGCCUGGGUCUGCCCGACUUGACACAGGUGCCGACAAGAUCGAACACGGUCAGGUGGAGAUUGACGUGCAGGAAGUGGUCUACAAAACAGUGGGGUCCCAACAGAUUCACGCAGAUAUUUAUUAUCCUCAAGUGGCAAACCCAGCCAAGAAGAUGCCGAUCGCUCUGAUGAUACAUGGAGGAAGUCACAUCAUUUUCUCCCGCAAGGAUAUCAGACCUCCGCAGACGCGCAUCAUGAUUGACAUGGGGCUUUUGCCAGUCAGCCUCGACCAUCGGCUAUGCCCGGAGUCCCGACUUGCUGACGGUCCCAUGGUUGAUGUAUGCGAUGCACUUGAAUGGGCUCAAAAGAUACUGCCGUACGUCGAACUGAGGAACCCCGACGUCAGACCUGAUCCAGACAACAUCGUGGUUGUGGGAUGGUCCUCCGGAGGGCAGCUGGCAUUGUCGACUGGAUGGACGGCACCAGAGAGAGGGCUUCGAUCGCCGAAUGCUAUCUUGGCUUUCUACUGUCCUACUGACUAUGAGGAUGACUGGUGGCAAUCUCCCAUUCAACCCGUUGGAGCAGAGGACUUGGGUGAAGAAUACGACGUUUUAGAGGCUGUCCAAGAUGAGCCUGUGAGCUUCCCUGACCACAUCAUGAAACCACCUUCAGCCGUCUUACUGACUUCUAUCAUGUGA